CAGUAUUACAGGUAGACAGAAAUAGACAGCUGGAUACGGACUAUGGUUGAAUCUUUAAUGUUUUUAUUAUAUAUUUUUCAGUUUUCACGUCUCUUUUUGACGUAUCAAAAGCGAUGGAUUCGUGUAAUACGGAUAAACAAGUUUUCGCAAGAAAAUCUUAUUUAACUAGAGAUUAUCGUGAUCUAUCAGGAAAACGUUUUGUGUGCAACGUAUGUGGUAAACCUUUCACAACGAGAUCUAAUUUAAAACAGCACUAUCUUAUUCACACUGGAGAGAAGCGUUAUUCUUGUAAUAAAUGUGAUAAAACUUUCAGAUCAAAAUCGAAUUUAAAACAACACUAUGCUAUUCAUACUGGAGAGAAUUAUUUAUGUAGUGUGUGUGAUAAAUCUUUCACAUCAGGAUAUUAUUUAAAACAACACAGUCUAAUUCAUACUGAAGAGAAGUCUUAUUCAUGUAGUGUAUGUGAUAAAACUUUCCUACACAAAUGUAGUUUAAUCCAACAUCGGUUUGUUCAUACUGGGGAAAAGCCUUAUUCAUGCAGUGUGUGUAAUAAAAGAUUCACUAAAAAAGCUCGGUUAAGCCAACACAAUAAUAUUCAUACUGGUGAGAAGCCUUAUUCUUGCAAUAUUUGUAAUAAAACUUUUAUGCAAAAGGAAUAUUUAAAUAAACAUAGCCGUGUUCAUAUGCAGGCGAAGCAAUAUUCAUGUGAUGUGUGUAAUAAAUCUUUUAGAACGAGUUGUAAUUUGAAUCGACACAUUCUAACUCAUACUGGAGAGAAGCCCUUUUUAUGUGAUUUGUGUGAUAAAUCUUUUGCGCGAAAAGAGUAUUUAACCAAGCAUUAUCGUAUUCAUUUGGAAGAUAAGCCUCAUUCUGAAGAGGAGACGUUUUGUACUGUUUCUGAUAAAUCUUUCAAAAUAGAAUCAGACUUAAAUAAACAACAUCUAGAUUAUUCUGGUGAGGAAUCUUAAUUCUUGUAAUGUCUCUGAUAAUUCCUUCAAAAUAGAAUCAGACUUAAAUAAACAACAUCUAGAUUAUUCUGGUGAGGAAUUUUAAUUCUUGUAAUGUGUCUGAUAAUUCUUUAAAAAUCGAAACAGAUUUAUAUAAACAUCCAGAUUAUUCUGGUAAGAAAUUAAUUCUUGUAAUGUGUCUGAUAAUUCUUUCAAAGCAAAAACAGAUUUAUAUUAACAACAUCUAGAUUAUUCUGGUGAGGGUGUUAGUUUUUUUAAUGUGUCUAUAGUUUGUCUAAGGUAAAAACUUCCCUCGAACCAAAAUCUGAGGCUGUCUGCUGUUAUGGAAACAAGAAUAGCGCAUUUCAGGAGGGGCAGCUUCUCUAGGGCUAACAGAAUAGACCAAAGAAAAAGAUUCCAGCCAAAACCUAUUCUAAAAAAUGACCCCACGCCCCUUUGAAAUAGUUAUACCUCGUUACCAUAGUCAUCGCCACAGGCCUAGACGAAUGGUUAGGGGAGCUCUUACAUUAGACAAACUAUAAAUAUUCUUUCAAAAUGAACAACAUCAAGAUCAUUCUGGUGAAAAGUCUAAUUCUUCUAAUGUGUCUAAUAAAUCUUUCAAAAGGGAAUGGAAUUUAAGUAAGCAAUAUUGAAAUUAUUCUGGUAUGGGGUAUAAUUCUUAAAAAUGAUUUUAAUAAUAGUUAAAAACUGAAUCAGGAUUUAAGUAAGCAACAUCUAGAUCAUUCUAGUAACUAGUUUAGCUCCUGUAAUGUACCUGAUAAUUCUUUUAAAACAAAAUCAAAUUUAAAUAAACAAUGUUUUGAUUAUUCUGAUGAA